GGUGGCGAUGAGCCACGUGUUGGUCAGUGCGGCUCACGAUGGCGCGGCUCUUCAGCGCGCUGGUGAAGGCGCUGAGGCGUCGAGUGAAGGCUGAAGAGAGGAGGAAAGGGGCGGCGCUCGGCAGUCCCAGGGAGGCUUGGCCGGUCAGCUACAGCACGGCUCCGACCAAAGCCGCCCUGCACAUCCCCGGCAUGGAUUACCAGGAUGCAGUCCAGGCUCUGAACACCUUGCAGACCAAUGCCAGCACUCUGGAGCAGAUCCGCCGGGAUCGGGAGCGUGGUCAAACACAGGGCACGUUGGAAGCAAUGAAAUCCUUCGUACGUCGAGCUGGCAUGACGAUCGAGGAACUGGACCAGCUUGCCAUCAUUCAUGUGACUGGGACAAAGGGAAAGGGUUCCACGUGUGCAUUUUGUGAAAAUAUAUUACGUAAUUAUGGAUUGAAGACUGGAUUUUACAGUUCCCCACACCUAGUGCAAGUGAGGGAGAGAAUUCGGAUCAACGGCAAACCAAUCAGCAAAGAUCUCUUUACAAAGUACUUCUGGCAAGUGUAUAACCGAUUGGAAGAAACAAAGGACCGUGACUCCGGGACUAUGCCUGCGUACUUCCGUUUCCUCACCAUUCUUGCCUUCCACAUUUUCCUGCAUGAAAAGAUUGACGUCGCAAUAUUAGAGGUCGGAAUUGGUGGAGCUUAUGAUUGUACCAAUAUAAUCAGGCAUCCCGUAGUGUGUGGAGUGUCAUCACUGGGGAUAGAUCACGUCAGUAUCCUGGGUGACACCAUGGAGAAAAUAGCAUGGCAGAAAGGAGGAAUAUUCAAGCCGGGAGUCCCAGCAUUCUCAGUGCCACAGCCCAGUGGACCAAUGGCUGUUCUCGUUGAAAGAGCAAAAGAGAUUGGAUGUUCUCUGCAGCUGUGCUCAGAUCUGGAGGACUUCCAGUCUGAGAGGGAGAAGCUGACCUUGGGUUUGGCCGGAAACCACCAGAAAUUAAAUGCAUCGCUGGCGUUGCAGCUAUGUCGGGAGUGGCUCCAGUAUCAUCACCACCCAGAUUUCCCACAACUCCAGGGAAAGCAGGACCAUGCUGAGCAGCACUUGAAACAGAGCUUGCCUGUCAGCUCAGCUUUCUGCCCAAGCACAGCCAUGGUGGAAGGAUUACGCAAUACUGAAUGGCUGGGUCGUUCGCAGAUCCUGAAACGUGGCUCUGUGACAUAUUACAUUGAUGGUGCUCAUACGAUUGGUAGUAUAAAGGCCUGUGUCACCUGGUUUCGGGAGCAAUCGUCGAAGGAAGCUAAAUCAGUGAAGGGUCCUGUGGUCCGCUUGCUGCUUUUCAACACUACAGGCGAGAGAGAUGCUGCUGCGCUCCUCAAGCUGCUGGCGCCAUGUCAAUUUGAUUUUGCUGUUUUCUGCCCCAACCUCUUGGAUGUAGCUCAGAAGAAUCCGAAUCCUGAUCAGAAAAAUUACACUGUGUCUUUGGAGAAUAUGCUGAGCCGGUGCCUUGAGAAUCAUCACGCUUGGUGCAAGCUGACAGAGGUGAAGAGGGACAAUUUGUGGGGCUCUUUGGGAAGUGCUCUGGAGAGCCCAGCCGUGUUGGUCAAGAAGGGCGACUUGGAUGGGGGAGAGUUGCUGAUGAAUGAACUGGAAUGUGAGCUGACGACGGCCCGUGCACUUGUCUUCCCCUGCAUCAACAAGGGCUUGCAGUGGGCGACACAAGGUUGUGACCCUGGCCUCCAGCCUGCCUUGGCUACCCCCCUACACAUCGCGGGGACGAUGGCACUGAAGGAAGCUUCCACCUUACAGAUCCUGAUCACGGGCAGCCUCCACCUAGUGGGCGGGUGCCUGAAACUUCUCGACCAGUCUUUGUCUCAGUAAAAGCCAAAUGUGUGUGUGUGUGAGUCAGACAUGGCUUCACAGCCCUCUCAGGAGGAUGGGUGGACGGUUGCCAGGUCCAAUGUGAUAUUGAUUGUACUUGACUCUAUUCAAGCGCGAUAACUUGAAAUGUGAAGGGACACCAUUAACUGAGUCCGGUAGAAUCUGCGAUGAACUCUUGCUUUCAAUCAGCCCAAAGUAGAUGUGUGAUUGGAUCUUGGCAUUUUAUUUUUCAGGCAUGAUUAGUGUGUGAAAUGAUCAUCCAGUUUUCAAGCCUAAUAAUAUGUACAGUUUAAAAAAAAAUUUGCACAUGCAUUAUUUAUUAAAAGAUAAUUAAUUAUCAUGGUUGUUAUAAAUAAGGCAGAGAGCCAGGGAUUGUGAUCUGGGUAGUGUCACUUUGAAACUUUGGCUGAUAGUGCUUGUAUGGUAUGGCUGAGGUUUCUCAAUCGCUUCCUUCCAAGCACUGCUAGCUCAAGAUGGAGGAGGGGGGGUGGAUGCUUCAAUGCACUUUGUGGCUCUUUUUUAUCAGAAUUUAUUUUGAAGCCAUCCAAAAUAUGGCAUUGUAAAUCAUCAUAACGUGAAAGAAACAACCCACACCACCAACAAUGUCUGAACGGUGAACUCGCAGCGGAGCAGCCCAAUGCAUUUCAGAGUGAAUUGAGACUAGUUUCGCUGUUGGAUAAUUGUAACACACAAAGCAGGAUGGGUUUAAUUAUACAACACCCCUCAGUGCGAACGACAGUGGAAAGCUGUGUCAGUGGGAUUUCACCAAGUCAGGCCUGGAAGCAGGCAGGUGGAUGGCCUGUCGACACUGCUGCUCCAUGCUCGGUCAGAGUUGGUGAAGUCUAGUGAAGUUCUAAAUCAAUCCGCUUUAUCUCUGUAAAUAUCAAUAGAAUCAACAUCUGCAAUAAUUUAAAACAAAUUGGAUUCAGCUCCUCUGUUCCAGAGUUCUAAGAACUUCAAGAACUUUCUGGAAUGUUGUGCUGUGGAGAGAUCAUGUGCCUUAUACCAUAUGCAAACUAACAUGUUAAUACCUUUCUUUCAC